GCCACAGUCAGGUCGCACCGGGCACUUAAUCCUCACAGCGCCCCAGCACAGGGAAUAGAGGACCGUCCGAGGACUCUCGACAACUUUCGCAGACUGCUAUGACAUCCCGCAGGUGGUUCCAUCCCAACAUCACUGGAAUCGAGGCAGAACAGCUCCUGUUGACCCGGGGCGUCCACGGCAGUUUCCUGGCACGGCCAAGCAAAAGCAAAAAGGGGGAUUUUACCCUCUCUGUCAGACGUAACGAUGAGGUGACCCACAUCAAGAUUCAGAACACAGAAGAAUUCUACGACCUGUAUGGAGGCGAGAAGUUUGCCACCCUGGCCGAGCUGGUGCAGUAUUACACCGAACAACAGGAUCUGCUGCGUGAGAGGAAUGGCCAUGUCAUUGAGCUCAAGUAUCCCCUCAACUGCAAGGACCCCACCUCCGAGAGAUGGUACCACGGACGCCUCUCUGGGAGAGACGCAGAGAAAAUGCUCACAGAAAAAGGCAAAGUUGGCAGCUUUCUGGUACGAGAGAGCCAGAGCACUCUGGGUGACUUUGUCCUCUCCGUUCUCACCAAUGAGGAGAAACAUGAGAAUGUGGACCGCAAGACCAAGGUGACCCAUGUUAGGAUUCGCUACCAGGAGGAUGGGAAAUAUGAUGUAGGUGGUGGUGAGAGGUUUGACACUCUGGCCGACCUGAUUGACCACUACAAAAAGAAUCCCAUGGUGGAAACAAGUGGCAUUGUAGUUCACCUCAAACAGCCAUUUAAUGCCACAAGGAUCAAUGCAGCCAACAUUGAGAAUCGGGUACAAGAACUCAACAAAGUAGCAGAUAGCUCUGAGAAACCCAAACAAGGAUUCUGGGAAGAAUUUGAGGUACUUCAGCAGCAAGAAUGCAAGCUGCUGUAUCCCAGGAAAGAAGGACAGAAGCCAGAAAACAAGAGUAAAAACAGAUACAAGAAUAUCCUCCCCUUUGACACGACUCGUGUUGUAAUCAGAGAAACAGAUUCAGAUGUUCCUGGUUCAGACUACAUCAACGCCAACUACAUCAGAAGCAUGCUUGAAGACGAGCGCCAUAUGGAAGAGGGGAAAGUCUUCAUUGCCACCCAAGGAUGCCUCCAGAACACAGUCAUUGAUUUCUGGAAGAUGGUGUAUCAGGAGAAUACACACGUCAUAGUAAUGACCACAAAGGAAAUGGAGCGAGGAAGGAACAAAUGCGUGCGUUACUGGCCGGACCUCCACGGCACAAAGGAGUUUGGAAAGGUGCUGGUGAGGAAUGUGGACGAGCAGCCAGCCCAAGACUACAUCCUGAGGAAGCUGGAAGUGACACGUCUGGACCGGAAAGAGCCUCCCAGGUACAUCUGGCACUAUCAGUACCUGAGCUGGCCAGACCACGGAGUGCCCAAUGAGCCUGGUGGUGUCCUGUGGUUCCUGGAGGCGGUCAAUCGCUCUCAGAGUUACAUUAAAGAAGCUGGACCCAUCGUCGUCCACUGCAGUGCAGGCAUCGGCAGAACUGGCACCAUUAUCGUCAUUGAUAUCCUCAUUGACAUUAUUAACCGCCAAGGUCUCCACUGUGACAUUGACAUCCCAAAGACCAUCCAGAGGGUACGGCAGCAGAGAUCGGGCAUGGUGCAGACAGAGGCCCAGUACAAGUUCAUCUACAUGGCGGUGCAGCAAUACAUCGACACGGCUCAGAAAAGACUAGCAGAGGAGCAGAAAAAUAAGAUGCAAGAGAGAGAAUAUUCCAAUAUCAAAUAUCCUCCGAUGACAAACUCAAGGUCCAAACACAACAUGGCGUCCUCGCGCUCUUCUUCUGUGUUGACAAACGAUGAUUCUACUAUAACACCAGGAGGUAGACUUGAUGCUGUGGACCACCACUUCUCUCUGUAUGCCUCCCUCUCCAGCAGGGAUGUUUCUUCGUCAGCAUCUAAGAUCCCCCGGGACGGAGUGUGUCGCUACACACUCCAGUCCACAUCGGUGGACCUUGACUUGGCCUGAAGGUGGCGAGCUGCCCCUCCUUCUGCCGCUGGACCCCUGCAAAGGAGAAGAACAGCCUCACUGAGGGGCUUUGCCUACUCCUGUUUUCUUCCAGUCUUUGCUCCAGCCUCUCCACUCGUAAAGAGCACAAGUGCCUUGUGACAGGACUUCUCUAUAAUCUUGGCUGCCUACACCUGCUGUUACAUCUCUACUGUUGCUUGUUUCCAAACCCCGGAAGCCCAAGCUAACUUCCUCGGGGUUGGGGAUGAGUUUUAAACGUGAAGCUGUCCCACGCUGAACCAAACCCGGCUGCACGGGAGCUAAGAGGAGUUCAAAGCUAAGCUGUUUGUCGGCUUGUUGACUGAAAUCACUCUGCUGGUUAUCCCUCGUUCUCUGUCUUUGCAGCCUGUUGAUUGAACUCCGACUUUAGACUGUUUUUGCUGCCCUUUGUCUCUCCAGCUGUGGUGGUUAUUAAUGCAGCCGCUGAGUGAUGGCAAGGGCAGUUAUGUAACCUGCAACAAUGUCCUGAGACUCAGGAAGGGCAAUCUAGCCCUGUGUUUAUACUCAGAUUCUUCUUUUUAGAUUUAAUUAAUCUUAAAAGCAAAGACUAUUUUUAUUACAUUUUAUUUAAGUUAUGUCUGAUUAUGAAAGCAUGUUGGAGACAGUUGGGAAUUUAAAUCAGGUGUCGACAAAAUGGAUUUUUUUUUCCUGAUUACUGAUGAUUUUUGGGACAUGAGUACAUUGUGGGUUCAUUUGUCUGUUUCUUUCCAUAUUUUUCUGUUUUCGUUCAUGGAUAUCUGCUUUCAUGGUUGUGUAACAUAAAAAGUAAAUGCUUAUUUAAAUAUAUGUGGUAUAUUUGUAGAGGAGGAUUAUUUUUGAUGUGAUCACGCCAAAGCCAGACUUAAAUAUUCAAUUCUAAUUAUAAUUUGAAGUCCACAUUUGGAUGGCGAGGAAUCCUGAAUGAGUGAUGUCUCUGGGUCGGGUUUGACUGGCUGUCCUCGUUAAUCAGCAGGUCUGAUGUUGUUUAACAUCUGUCAGACAAGAUCGUCGAGGAGACAAGGAAAGGGGUGAUUACAGUGGGCCAGAUGGCCAUCUGCCUGAGAUUGAAGAAUGGAUUUGUCUCCAAAAAGUGAUUUAAAAGAUGGCGAUAAUCCAGGCUUGAUGAUAGCAGAGGGAGUAAGCCGACGUCAUUGAUGUGAUAAGGAGCACGGUGGUGCUGAGGCGUGUUGAGCUUUCUGUGCUCGCCGGCAGAUUGUUGGCUAUUUUUAGCCUGGGGACGAGCACCAAAAUACUCCACUUUGGGGCAGCAGAUCCUCUGAUCAGCCACAGUGACAGAACCGUGAAUAGGUAAAGUAAUGUGGAGCUUCUGAUGGGAAAACGUUGAAAUGAACCACCCACCCAAAGACUGAUGCGUACCACACACACCUGACCUAACGGCUCUUCAGCAACAGUGUUAUUUACGGCAGGCUUUCUGCACCCUGCUCAGCACUGCUCAGGAAAGUCGCGCCGAGGAACCCGACAAGGAACACAUUUAUCCCGGUUUGAUUGAGCAUCUGACCAGAUUGGGACUGAAGGAUCUGCUGCUGCCGUCCUAGUGCCAGACAUCCCAGAGCAACACAAGAGGUCCCCCUGAGCCCAUGCAAACUACAGCAGGCCGUUUCACACGUGUGGCUGACUCGAGGUACAGUAAUCCGGUGACAUCUUGCCUCGCUUGUUUUACAUAUAAAGAAAGAAACCUUUUCUUAUUCUACACCCUCUAUAUAAAAAGUCAGAAAUUGUUAUAUCUGGAGUUUCAUUCAAGCCCAUCAGACCGAGCCCAGGUAAUAAUUCUCAGUCCUUUUCCUGGAACAGGUAUAAAACAGUUGUGUACAUUUGAAUGUAACCUUUGGCAGCCAUAUGUUGCUGUGAGAUAAACCGUUUUUUUAUGGUUUUUGGAAGGCUUACUCGAGCACAGACUACUGAUUCUGACACCUGUCUCACAGCUUGGGUCUUUUAACUGGUGUAAAUGGCUGCCGUGCAUUUUCACGACUUAUUACUUUGUGAUACAGGCUCUGGUCUAUGAAUUGAAUGCCAUUGCUGCCAUUUGUCAGUGAAGGCCUUCAGUAUGCGUCGAAAAGCUGCACUACUUGAUGUUUUCCAACAUGAAAUGUUUUUUUUUCUUUCUGAACUGUGAUAUCUGAAUGAAAAAUGAAACAUUAGUUUUUCCCUGUUUCUGAUCAUUCACUGUGGAUAAUUUAGAACCCCCCCCUCUCCUUUUUUUAAUUUCAUAAUGCCUCUUUGGGUCAGAUAGUUUGUAAUUUGGUGAACCAUCAGUACUUGAAAGUGUGAAACUGCUGAACCUUUGGCCUCGGGCUGUGUGGAUGUCCAUUUGCUGUGGAAGUAUUUUUUUAGUAGUGCACUAGAUUUUUGCUGUUACUGUUUUUUUGUUUUUCUCGUUCUCUGAACUGGUAUUCUUCAAAUUGAUUUGUUUUAUUCAUUCUUGCGUUUUGUAUUGUACCUGAUUUAUUUUUUUAUUGGUGUAAUUUUACCAUUUGAUGAGUAAAUGUAGUCUGAAUCGGUGUCUGCAGAGGUUUGCAGCUGUGACAUGGUGUUUUCUUUUUUGUCAGUCCUCUUAAAUGAACUUGAACACGUUGAUGUGACUUUGUUUUGAUUCCUUCCUCCUGUUGGUUGCAGCAAGCCUGAAGUGAGUAGUGGUAUUCUAAGAGCUCCCAUGUUGUUAAGUUUCCUCUCCUGUCUUGUACCGGUUGCACCCAGACGCCUUUGUGCUGUAUAGGCUACGACUGCUGAUGCAAUGAGCUGACUGAAACUGCUUCAAAAUGGUUUGUCAUACAGAUUAAUAAAACUUUAUGACGGCACAUUGUAA